UAUUGUAGCAGUACUUCCUCUUUAAAAGGCUGUAACUGCAGCACCUCCCCUUUUAUUCAGAGGAUGAUGUCAUCCGGGAGUCACUCACAGUGUUUUUUUUCUUCUCCUGCUCUAUCGCUCUCUCUUCGCAUUUGCACUCUCCAUUAGUGAGGUGACAGGACACUUCUCUGUCUCUCCAUAUUUUCUCUCUUUCUCGCUCUCCCUCGCUCUCUUCCUCCUUAGCUUCCUUUAACAGCAGGGAUGUAGUCCUCUGCCUCUUUCAAACUUCAGCACCUGCUAUGCUGUGAACUCCUUGGUGACCUCUAUUGAUUCUAUUGAGACUGCUCCUUACUGAGAUAUUUUGCUCCACUUGUUUGAGAGGAUCUAAGAGGACCUUAUUGGGUUUGGAAGUUGUUUGAUUUCUCUCUAUACCCUGGUAGAACUACAGGACCAUGGCCAUGAAGGAGACCAUUCUGCCCAUCAGUGAGGUGUCUGGCCCGGCCCCGUUGCCCUACCCGGAGGUAGUGGAGCUCAACGUGGGUGGCCAGGUGUAUGUCACGAAGCGCUCUACCCUGGUCAGUGUGCCCGACACCACCCUGCACGCCAUGUUCACCCGGUGCCCGCCACGGGAGCUGCCAAGGGACAGCCGCGGGCGCUUCUUUAUCGACCGCGAUGGCUUCCUGUUCCGCUACGUGCUGGACUUCCUGCGAGACCGCCAGCUGGUGCUGCCUGACCACUUCCCUGAGCGUGAGCGCCUGCAGAGGGAAGCCGAGUACUUCCAGCUGGGCGAACUGCUGCGCCUCCUGGGGCCCCGGGUGGGUUCCAAGCAGGGCUCCAUGAAUGAUGAAGGCUGCCACAGCGAUAUUGAGGAGAGCUCACAAAGCAGUGAGUACCCCACAGGUCGUACCUUGACUUCCUCGGACAAGAGGUCAGGGUUCAUCACCAUCGGCUACAGGGGAUCCUACACCACGGUGCGGGACAAUCAAGCCGACGCCAAGUUCCGUCGAGUGGCCAGGAUCAUGGUAUGUGGACGCAUCGCCCUGGCCAAAGAGGUGUUUGGGGAAACACUGAACGAGAGCCGGGACCCAGACCGGCCGCCGGAGAAGUACACGUCAAGGUUUUACCUCAAGUUCACCUACUUGGAGCAGGCAUUUGACCGCCUUUCUGAGGCGGGCUUUACAAUGGUGGCUUGUAAUUCCGUGGGAACAGCCGCUUUUGUCAACCAGUACAGGGACGACAAACUCUGGAGCAGCUACACAGAGUACAUCUUCUUCAGGCCGGCAUCGAAGAUCGUCUCCCCCAAGCAGGACUGUGAGGAACGCCAGAAGGACAAACUGGGCACCGACAAGGGCAGUGAGAGCGGCACCUCCCUCAACGAACUCUCCACCUCCAGCUCUGAGACCCACUCUGAGGCCACCUCGCCCCAGGACGGCCCCAACUUGGGUGGGGGAGGCGGUGGGGGAUCCAUGGCCCCCUGCGGAGCCCUCCAGUCUGUCUCUCGGCAGCCCAGCACCCUCACCCUUGGGCGGCCCUCCAAGAAGGGCUCGUCAGUGCAGUGGAUGCAGCUGCCAGAUAAGCGACGCAACAGCGAGCUCUUCCAGUCGCUGAUGGGGCGUGAGGGCGGCCUGAGCAGGAAGAAGAACACGGAGAGACCCAGCGCAGAGGAAGAGAUGAAGCAGUGCAUACAGGACUUUAACAACAUCAAAAUCCCACAGGCUUUCCCGGAGCGCAAGCGGCAGUGGCAGUCCGAACUACUCCAAAAGUACGGUCUAUAGGGACCCUUUUCUAUCACCAUGCCACAAGCAGUAGUCAUUUAAUUUGGAUUCCCUCCGUUUGGCUGGUUUUAAGUGCAAUGAUUCAUUAUAAAAUGUCUUCCAGUUCAAAUUAAGUUAAAAAGAUGAUCAACAAACUGUUUUUGUGAGGGGAGGCACAAGGUUAGUAAGCACAUGCAUUUCUGGGGCACAUGUUAAAAGAAGCACAGCAGAACUCUCCUUUACCGGUAUGUUGUCUCUUCAGUUCUAGAUUGCAUUGGAGAUUACGUUUGAAACAAUAUGCCUAUGUGAACAGUAUAUGACUACUGUACAUUUGUCCAGUUUAUUAGGUACACCACCCCGUUCACAAACAUGGUUCGCUCCUACAGACAGCGAGUCAGGUGGCUGUGGCAUGCUAUAUAAAGCAUGCAGACAUGCAAAGAGGCAUUCAGUUACUGUUCGACUGAAAGUUAGAAUGGGCAAAAUACAGCUGAAGUCAGAAGUUUACAUACGCCUUAGUCAAAUACAUUUAAACUAAGUUUUUCACAAUUCCUGACAUGUACUCCAAGUAAGAAUUCCAUGUCUUAGGUCAGUUAGGAUCACCACUUUAUUUUAAGAAUGUGAAAUGUCAGAAUAAUAGUAGAAUGAUUAGUAGAAUAGUGAAUGAUUCAUUUCAGCUUUUAUUUCUUUCAUCACAUUCCCAGUGGGUCAGAAGUUUACAUACACUGAAUUAGUAUUUGGUAGCAUUGCCUUUCAAUUGUUUAACUUGGGUCAAACGUUUUGGGUAGCCUUCCACAAGCUUCCCACAAGAAGUGGGUGAAUUUUGGCCCAUUCCUCCUGACAGUGUAACUGAAUGCCAUCUAUUUUGUGAAGUGCACCAGGCCCUCCUGCAGCAAAUCACCCCCACAACAUGAUUGCUGCCACCACCGUGCUUCACGGUUGGGAUGGUGUUCUUCGGCUUUCAAGCCUCUCCCUUUUACCUCCUAACAUAAUGAUGGUCACUAUGGCCAAACAGUUCUAUUUUUGUUUCAUCAGACAAGAGGACAUUUCUCCAAAAAGCAUGAUCUCUGUCCCCAUUUUUUAACCUAGGCAAGUCAGUUAAGAACAAAUGCUUAUUUUCAAUGACAGCCUAGGAACAGUGGGUUAACUGCCUGUUCAGGGGCAGAAGGACUGAUUUGUACCUUAUCAGCUCGGGGAUUUGACCUUGCAACCUUUCGGUUACUAGUCCGACACUCUAACCACUAGGCUACCCUGCCACCCUAUGUGCAGUUGCAGACCGUAGUCUGGCUUUGUUUUUACCCGGUACGAUGGGUGUACCUAAUAAACUGGUAACUGAGUGGAUAUUUCCAUUAUUUGACACAUUCAGUGUGAAUGCAGAUGACUGUUAACAAAUAAGAAAACAUAGAUAAACUGUAUACCACUAAAGACUGAAAGUACAUUAUUCUCUCUGUAGAUAAUUAAGUGUUCAACAUGUGAAUUGUUUAAGAAGUUUGUAAAUCCACAUAGUGGAAAGAGUGGAGAUGUCCAUUCAGUAUCUACCAUGGACGUCCUUUGUGUUUACUGUUGUUGUCCAUGGUCAAUAUGUGCGUAAUGACAUUUAUUCCUACUUUUCUAUUCUACAAUAAAAUAUAUCAUGUUAUGACA